AUGGCUUUUCAAAAGCUUGGGCUCGACUGUGCAAAUUGGCCUGAACCAGUUUAUUCAGACCUGUUGAGAAAGGGUGCUGCUGAUGAAGAGAAAAUGUUGGGUUUGUAUUUCAACCAGAUUGGGUGGCCUUCGUCUUUGCCUACCAAUGAGAAAGGGAGUUUUGUAAAAAGUGUUUUGCGAGAAAAGAAAAAUGCAAUCAAUGAGUUUCUAAUGUCCAAAAGCUUACCUCUGAGAUCUGGAGUCCAAGAGUUUAUCGAUAAUGCGUCCACGGAGAAAGUACCUGUUGCUAUCGUAACAUCCUACUGCAAGAGUGGAGACAAAGUAGCCUUAUCCGUUGUUGAGUUGCUUGGCCAAGAAAGACUUUCAAAUGUGAAGGUUAUCGGAGACAGUGAGGUGGAACAGAGUAUGUAUGGUCAACUUGUUUUUGGCAAAGGAGUUUCUUCAAGUCUAGAAGAGCAACUAGUGAAGGAAGUAAAAAAAGCAGCGUCUGCUGAGAGACAGAGGAUAGCAGAAGAAGUUGCAUCGAUGCUAAAGCUAAGUGUGGACAUAGACACAAGCUCAUCUGAGAGAUUGGAGAAAAUCGUUGUGGCUUUGCGUGCUGCUGCGGAAUAUGUUGGAUUACCUGUAAAAAACUGUGUACUUGUUGCUGGUAGUCAAUCUGGAGUUUCUGCUGCAAAGAUGAUAGGCAUGCCAUGUGUUGUCAUGCGAAGCAGUUUAACUGCAAGAGGUGAGUUUCCAUCGGCGAAAGGUGUAAUGGAUGGCUUUGGAGGUGCAGACUUAACAAUCCCAAAGCUUAGGCACAAGAUUAAGUCUUGA